AUAAAAAUGUUCGCCGAUGGAUUCUCUUAGAUUUUCCUUAUAUUUUUAUCCUAGAAUUUGAUUUUCUAUCAAAUUUAAGCAAUUAAAAUUAGUUAAAAUGGUUGAGUUAUGGUUGUAAAUAGUUUAUGGUAGUGUAGUAUGAUGCCAGGAAGAGUUCCCUGUGUACCGAAUGAAAACCCUUUAAGUAUAUCAUGGCACGACAGUGCUUGGGUCCCCUUGGUGAAUUCAUCCAACGUUCUGGAUUACUUUUCCGAAAGAAGCAAUCCAUUCUAUGAUCGAACCUGCAAUAAUGAAACACUCAAAAUGCAAAGGAUGAGUCUGGAGCAGCUGGUAAAUAUGACCGGAUUGGAGUACACUCUGCUGCACGUUCAAGAGCCUAUAUUAUACGUGAUACGGAAACAACAUCGAGCAUCUCCUACUCAAGCAGUACCCGUAGCAGAUUACUAUAUCAUUGCUGGAACCGUUUAUCAAGCUCCUGAUCUCAUAUCUGUGGUGAAUUCCAGACUGCUCACCACAGUUUCACAUUUACAAUCGGCGUUCGAUGAUUUAUUCGGAAUUACCAAAUAUCAGCCAUCCAAAGGGUAUUCGUGGGAUGUCAAGACGCCAUCCAACGCCCCAGGUAGCGUUGUCAAAAAAGAUAAUAAAGAAGAGCCUAGCUCUAACUUCCAACGCCAAAGAGUAGACAUGCUGUUGAUGGAGUUGACACGUCGAUUCCCUCCUCCCAUCGUGAAACCUCCUACUGUGGAAAUUGCUGAAAACAAUGUGGUAGAGAAUCCAGCUCCGAAACAAGAACCAGCCGGUACGAGUGGUAGGGCUGAAAUUAAACACGAGUCCAGGGAUGACCCUAGAUCAGAACAACCUGUUACAUCGCCUUCGAUGAAACCUCCCCCGGAAAAGAAACCAAGAAUUGCGUAAUCGAAUAUCCCAAAGCUGCUGAAGACGUUACCUUAGCAACUUGUUUGGUUGUGCGAUUUUUGGUCAAUUUUUACUACAUAUAUAAUUGAUUUACCUGUGAUGUGAAAAACGAAAAUUUGAAAGUUGAAAGUAAAAUAAUCAACGUGAAGUAUUCUAGUAAUUUCUAUAAUAAACUCUUUUAAAUGUAAUUUUAUAAAUGUAAAAUAUAUGUUCGAAUUGGGAGAAAAGUAA